CAAUAUGGUAAGACUCCCUCCCUAAUUCUUAUUUUUCCGACGGUUGAGUUACGUUUGGGCAUAGAAUUUAGCGUCCUGUCCAGUAGCUAUCAAGACAAGAUCCCUCACGCUACAGAAACAGGUGAAAUAUUGGCCUACCAUAUAGGCCAUUCUGGCACAUACAUUACUUUAUUUACUAUGUGUCUAAAAAACACAGCUGCUGUCAAACCAGUGUAGAGUAAGCUCUGAGUCGGAUGCAUCUGUCCUCUUAAGGAAUAAAGUAUUAUUAGAAUCAACACAGUCUCAAAUCUUGCAAAUGAAUGUUAGAGCGGAUGAUGGCACAGAAACAGAGACAGAUAGGCCUGCAGGCAAUUCCAGAACCCUCACCCUGACGGUGUGCUCCGCUGCCAUCGGUGGCACCUUCCAGUACGGCUACAACCUCUCCAUCAUCAACGCCCCCACCAACCACAUCCAGAGGUUCAUCAAUGACACAUACUGGGAGCGCUGGGGAACCGGCCUGGACACCUCCCAGGUGACCCUGCUGUGGACCGUGAUCGUGUCUGCCUUCUCCCUGGGUGGCCUGACUGGGGCUCUUCUGGCAGGACCCAUGGCUGUCCGCUGUGGUAGAAAGAACUCACUACUUCUCAAUAACUCUUUCUUGUUCCUCGGUGCAGUCCUCGCCCUUACCAGCAGGGCGGCGAGGUCAGUUGAGAUGAUUGUUCUCGCCCGCCUGCUAGUGGGGGUCAACGCUGGGGUGAGCAUGAACGUCCAGCCCAUGUAUUUCGGAGAGAGCGCCCCCAAACACCUGCGUGGCGCUGUGGCCUUCUCCUCGGCCGUGUUCACUGCUUUCGGGAUCUUCGUGGGCCAGGUGGUGGGUCUAACGGAGCUGUUGGGUACCGAGCCCCUCUGGCCCUACCUCCUGGCCAGCAACGCCCUCCCAGGCCUCCUCCAGCUGCUCACCCUGCCCUGGUUCCCUGAGAGCCCCCGCUACCUGCUCAUGGACCGGGGGAACAAGGAGGCAUGCGCCCGGGCUCUGGGUAGGUUCCGCGGUGGGGCUGACUUCAGCCUGGAGAUGGAGGAGAUGCUGCAGGAGCAGGCUGAUGCCGGUGGGGCCACGGCCAAGAGUCAGACUCCCUGGGACCUGUUCUCCAACCGCUCCCUCCACCCCCAGCUACGCACUGUGAUGGCUGCUAGCAGCGCCAUGAUGCUGUGUGGUAAUGACUCCAUCUACUUCUAUGCCUCGUACAUCUUCCUAGCAGCAGGGAUCCCUAUGGAGAAGGUCCAAUAUGUUUCUAUCGGCACUGGGGCCUGCGAGUUCACUGCUGCCGUCGUGUGUAACCUGCUGAUUGAGCGUGUGGGCCGCAGGAUGCUCCUCAGUGGCGGAUACGCCCUGAUGGCGGUCUGGGCGCUGGUCUUCACCCUGGCCCUGACCCUCCAGGGCUACUCUGUCCCAGGGAUGCCCUAUCUCAGCAUGGUCUGUGUGUUCUGCUAUAUCCUCAGCUUCGGUAUGGGCCCUGCCGGGGUUACGGGAAUCUUGCCUGCUGAGAUCUUUGACCAGACGGCUCGGCCUGCGGCCUACAUGGUGGCUGGGUCCCUCAUGUGGAUCAACCUCUUGAUAGUAGGCAUGGCUUUUCCGUUCAUAGUGAGUUACCUCGAUGCGCUCUGCUUCAUCCCGUUCUGUUGCGUCUGUGUGGCGGCCUCUUUGUUUGUGGGCCUCACUCUGCCCGAGACUAAGGGCAGGACACUGGCUGAGAUCACAGCAGAGUUUGAUAGGAGGAAUCUUUUGAAGAAGGGCCCAGAGAUGCAGGGGCCUGAGCCCAUGAAGGAGCAAUAUCAGCUGGGUAAAGCUCUCUCUCUCACCACCGUAGACCCAGAGCCCCUCUCUCAUCUCUUAGACCCAGAGCCUCUCUCUCUUACGGCCCUAGACCCAGAGCCCCUCUCUUUCACUGCCCUAGGCUCAGUGUCUCUAUCUCUCACUGCCCCAGACCCGCUCUCUCUCACCACCCAAGACCAGACCCGCUCUCUCUCACCGCCCCCAGACCAGAGCCUCUCUCUCUCACCGGCCUAGACCCAGAGCCUCUCUCACUCACCGCCCUAGACCCAGAGUCUCUCUCUCUCACCGCCUAGACCCAGAGCCUGGGGGGACAGUCUGGGGGUCUGAGGGUGGGGUAUUAUAUGAAUAAGAUGUAAUUAUGGUGUAUGAAUGUGGUGCCUUGGUCCCUAAACCAAAUAGCCUAUACCUCUUUUUGAACUCACUGUAAUCAAGACUGCUGUUAUAAUGACAAAUUAAGUCUGUCCCCGACUAAAAAUAAAAUCUUGGUCGACCGAGUCUUCCUGUUCUUUCGACCAAUCAAAAUGUU